AUGCUGUUCCCAACCCAUGUCGCUCUGCGCAGAUCAGCAAUAAGCGUCACAAGAAGAUGUCAGAGCUGCCGCCGUGGCUUGCUCACAUUAGCGAUCGAAACGUCAUGUGACGACACUUCGGUAGCCAUCGUCGAGAAAACAAAAAAAGCAGCCGGAGAUGCAGCUAAGAUUCAUUUCUUGGAGAACAUCACUGCUGACACCCGCGCACACCGAGGCAUCCAUCCUAUCAUUGCUCUCGAAUCGCAUCAGGAACAUCUCGCAAAUCUCGUCCAGAAAGCGAUCAAAUAUCUACCGGAGUCGAAGACUGGCGAUGGUAUCAAGCUAGCGGAUGGGUCAUGUCGCCGCAUACCCGAUUUUAUAUCCACUACAAGAGGCCCUGGCAUGCGGUCUAACCUGUCUGUCGGUCUUGAUACUGGAAAGGCAUUGUCCGUCGCAUGGCAGAUUCCCAUGAUUGGCGUGCACCACAUGCAAGCACAUUUAUUAACGCCCCGGUUUGUUUCAUGCAUGGAGAAUGGGAAUGGGAAUGAGAAUGAACCUAGCGCAGAGGCAACAGCAAAACCGACACCAACACCAGCCAUAGCGCCCGAAUUUCCCUUUCUAUCCAUCCUUGUCUCUGGGGGCCAUACGAUCCUGGUUCACUCCACCGGACUCACAGAGCAUAAAAUCAUCGCAGUAAGCGAGGACAUAGCCAUUGGAGAGGCAUUGGACAAAUCGGCACGCGACAUCCUCCCCGCGGAGCUAUUACAACAAUCAAAAAGCACAAUGUAUGGUAAAACGCUCGAGAAAUUCGUUUUCCCAGGCGGACAAGCCGAUUUCAGCGAUUACAGAGCGCCCGAAACCCGCGGCCAAGAACUAGCAACCCGGCAAAACAAAUGGGGGUGGUAUAUCACCACGCCGUUCGCCAAUACGCGCACUCUCCAGUUCAGCUUUUCUUCUGUGUCGAGCAUGGUUGGCAAAAUCCUCCAGAAGAAGAAAGAUGGUGAGAUGUCCACCGAAGAGCGGAUUGAUCUUGGUCGGGAGACCAUGCGCGUUGCUUUUGAGCAUCUUGCUUCGCGGACUGUCAUUGCUCUUGAGAUGCUGCAGCCGCGUGGGACGGAUGACAGGGACGAGAUCAAGACGCUUGUCGUCAGUGGUGGCGUUGCGGCGAAUCGAUUCCUGAUGGGGGUUCUUCGGUCAUUUUUGGAUGUGCGUGGGUUUCAAGACAUUCGGGUUGUUGCGCCGCCUGUUCAUUUGUGCACUGAUAAUGCCGCUAUGAUUGGAUGGGCUGGGAUUGAGAUGUUUGAGGCUGGGUGGCGCUCUGAUUUGAGUGGUCGUCCUGUCAGGAAAUGGUCUCUUGAUCCGCAAGCUGAAGAUGGAGGCAUUCUCGGUCCUGCUGGUUGGUACCGGGUCUGA